AUGUCAGUCGACGAUAGAGAAGAUGCGGAAGUUGGCAAGCUGUUAGCAGAUGACAAGCUGAAUUCAAGAUCAAACAGUAACAAUGAAAGUGGCAGUAUAGCUGACAGCGCUAAAGAUUAUGAGCCAUCCAUAGAUUCGUUAAUCACAUCGAAAGGAAACCCUGUCACUGAAGAGCCUAAGGCAGCUGCACCCUCACUAGCAAAGGAAAGGACGAGAUUCUUCUCUCCAAAACUGAAGGAUCAUAGGAAGAAAGUUUUUAUUCAGUUUGCAAUGACAAACUUGGUCCUUUUCAUUUUCAUUUUGAUCAUAUUUGAUUUGUUUUGGGGUUCAACAUAUCAAACAACAAGCCACUAUAACAAAGUAAGAAUUCUGGCACUUAUCCAAGACGAUCAACUUGAUUCUGAUUCAACGGUUACACAAAUGACACCAAUGUUAGAGGAGCUGAUAGCUGAAUUGCCCGGUCAGUGGCAUCUUUACAAUACAACAAGCUUUGCAGAAAAAUAUGGCGUUAAUACGACGGAAGAAAUAAAUGAAAAAGUCAUCAAAUUGAUUUAUGACGAGAAGUUCUUUCUUUCUUUCAAUGUCCUUCCAAACGUGACUCAAUCAUUAUAUCAAUCUUUAACCGUUCCAAAUGCAACAUAUUGGUCAUCGACCGAUUUUUUCAAAUCUUAUUAUGAAAGUGGUAGAGAUCCUACUGGUAUUAAACCAUUCAUGUUGCCCCUUAUAACUACGUUGGAAUCAUAUUUUAAGUCAUAUUAUAUUUCCACUUAUUUACCAUCUUUUCUUUCGAAUAUUACAUCGAGCAAUACCUACAAUACCACAAAUAUAGCUAACGCCGGUAGCUUUAAUUUUGAGUACGUAGAUAACAGACCUUUCUACGAUCGUAUUUUCUACAGUUGUACUCAAAUAGGUGUCAUUUAUACAUUGGUUCUUACAGUGUUUCAAUUUCUAAUUAUGGGACCCGUCCACGGUCAAAUGGCAGGAUUACUGAAACCCAAAUAUAUGUGUCUUUACAGAAUUACAGUGACUUGGUGUACGUGUUUUAUUUUGUCUCUGUUUGUAUGCACAAUUUCAGCAAUUUACCACGUCAAUUUCACAUUAGCUUUCGGCAGGGGUGGAUUUAUGAUUUAUUGGAUGUCUACAUGGUUGUUCAUGAUGGCAGUUGCAGGUGCUAAUGAGAACGUAAUAAGUAUUUUAUUCGCUUGGAAGCCACAGUACACGGGUCUUUGGAUCUUAGGUUUCGUCAUUUUAAAUAUUGCACCUACUUUCUUCACCAUGGCCCUCGAUAGCAAUUUCUACAGGUACGGUUACAUGAUGCCCCUACAUAACAUCGUCGAUAUCUAUAGAACAUUAUUCUUAGAUUUAAGCAGAUACAAGAUGGGGAGAAACUACGGUAUCUUAGUGGCAUGGAUAGCUUUAAAUACCGCUUGUAUGCCCGUAGCAAUGAAAUGCAUUCAAUUGAUUGUUGCCCAUAAAACAAAAGCUGCCUUGAAGGAAAAGAGAAAGCAAGAUAAAUAG